AUGAGAGACAACAUCAACAAGGUUGCCGAAAGAGGCGAGCGCUUGGACUCGAUCGAGAACAAAACAGAUAAUCUUGCCAUCAGCGCCCAGGGCUUCCGCCGUGGUGCCAACAGAGUGCGCAAGGACAUGUGGUGGAAAGACAUGAAGAUGCGUUUGUGCAUCAUCUUGGGCAUCAUUAUCGUGUUGAUUGUGAUUAUCGUGCCAAUUGCCGUGCACUUUUCUUAG